AUGGCAGCAGUGGGUGAAUGGCACUGUGAGAAAAGAACUUAUGGAAAGAAAGAGUCUUUUGCUGGAGAGAAUGAGAAUGUGCCAGAAACUGGGUUCCUCUCUAUCAUUGUUCUUGGUGCUUCCGGUGAUCUUGCCAAGAAGAAGACUUUUCCUGCUCUUUUUAACCUUUACCGUCAGGGAUUUUUGCAAUCAAAUGAGGUUCACAUAUUUGGUUAUGCAAGGACUAAGAUCUCAGAUGAUGAGCUGAGAGAACGGAUCCGGGGGUAUCUUCCCCAUGGAAAAGAAGGCAUGGAAGACGUGUCAAAUUUUCUGCAGUUGAUCAAAUAUGUGUCUGGCGCUUAUGAUGCUCCCGAAGGGUUCCAAGCCCUAGAUAAGGCAAUAUCCCAGCACGAAGUCUCGAGGAACACUACUGAGGGAACAUCCCGCAGGCUUUUCUACCUUGCACUUCCCCCAUCAGUAUAUCCACAAGUCUGCAAAAUGAUCAAGUAUUAUGCCAUGAAUAAGUCUGAUCUUGGUGGGUGGACUCGUAUUGUUGUUGAGAAGCCAUUCGGCAAGGAUUUGGCUUCAGCAGAGGAACUGAGCUCCCAGAUAGGAGAAUUAUUUGACGAACCGCAGAUUUAUCGUAUAGAUCAUUAUCUGGGGAAAGAAUUGGUGCAGAACUUGUUGGUACUUCGUUUUGCAAAUCGUUUAUUCUUACCUCUCUGGAACCGUGACAACAUUGCGAAUGUACAGAUUGUGUUCAGAGAAGAUUUUGGAACCGAGGGGCGAGGUGGAUAUUUCGAUCAGUAUGGAAUUAUUCGUGAUAUUAUCCAGAAUCACCUACUGCAGGUUCUGUGCCUUGUCGCCAUGGAAAAGCCUGUAUCUUUGAAGCCUGAGCAUAUUCGAGAUGAGAAAGUCAAGGUUCUCCAAUCAGUUGUCCCAAUAAAAAAUGAAGAGGUGGUCUUAGGACAGUAUGAAGGAUACAAGGAUGAUCCUACAGUUCCAGCCAACUCAAAUACUCCUACUUUUGCAACAAUGAUCCUUCGUAUACAUAAUGAAAGAUGGGAAGGUGUUCCCUUUAUACUUAAGGCAGGGAAGGCCUUGAAUUCAAGGAAAGCAGAAAUACGGAUUCAAUUCAAGGAUGUACCCGGUGAUAUCUUUAGAUGUCAAAAGCAGGGAAGGAAUGAAUUUGUGAUCCGCCUGCAACCUUCAGAGGCCAUAUACAUGAAGCUAACAGUCAAACAGCCUGGGCUGGAAAUGUCAACCGCCCAGAGCGAGCUGGACUUGUCAUACAGGCAACGCUACCAAGGGGUUGUGAUUCCCGAGGCUUACGAACGCCUAAUUCUAGACACGAUUAAAGGCGAUCAACAACAUUUUGUCCGUAGGGACGAGUUGAAGGCUGCAUGGGAGAUUUUCACUCCACUUCUGCACCAAAUAGACAAUGGAGAGUUUAAAUCUCUUCCUUACAAGCCCGGUAGCCGGGGCCCGGCCCAAGCGGAUGAGCUGUUAGAAAAGGCAGGCUACGUGCAAACACAUGGCUACAUAUGGAUCCCCCCAACCUUGUGA